GCAAUACAAUUUCGAAAAACAGGAUCGGUUAACUUUACCCGGAAUUGGGCUGAUUACAAGGAUGGGUUCGGAAAUCCAGAAACAGAUUAUUGGAUUGGAAAUGACGCAAUUUACCAACUAACAAAAGAUCGUCCAUCACUGUAUGUUUCGCUCACACGAAAUAAUGUAAAUACAAAAUACGAGAUUUAUAACCAGUUCUCUGUUUCGGAUGAAAACGACAACUAUAGACUCUUCCUUGCUGAACCAGCAACAGGGACACUAGGUGACAAUAUGUUAAAUACAGAUCGUGUAAUCGCCGGAAUGGGAUUCACUACUAUAGACCGAGAUAAUGACAACAAAGGCGGCGGAUAUAACUGUGCUGUAGCCAUGGCCGGGGGCUGGUGGUUCAAUGCUUGUCAUCGCGCCUUCCUUAAUGGCCCCUGGGCCUCGGAGAAUUGGCGGGAACCAUGGUCACCGGGUCUUAUGAAUGGAAUGGAUAUCAUUGAAACUAAAAUGAUGAUAAAACCUCGUUAAGUACACUUAGCUUUCUUUAGUCUUUUUAAUUUAAAUCUUGGUGAAUUUACCAAAAAUGUCUUUGAAAGAAUGUAAUUUGCAUUAAGAUUACAAGU